UGAUUAAUGGUGCUCUCGCGCGCACUGCUCGUGUCCUCCCACCGGCGUCGCGCGCUAUUCACGCUCGCGACUCCUCGCGCACAAGAGCAUCGGACGCCUCGGAGUUAAAGGAAUCCUGAAACUUAGAAUUUCUACUUCCAGUAUACCUGUGAAGGAUAACAGGGAAUCAUCAUUUUGAGUGCCAGCUCAGGCUGUAGCAAUGCCUCUUCUGGAUGAAAGCACUCUACCUAGAGACUGCCCUCCAACUGUACCAGUCAUCAUCGUUGGAAACGGUCCAUCAGGUAUCUGUUUAUCAUAUCUGCUGAGCGGGUAUGUGCCUUACUUAGAUCCAGCAGCUGAGCACCCGAAUCCCAUACUGCACCACAAACUACAGAAGGCUAAGCAUCAGCCUGUUACAGAGCAGGAUCUAGAAUACCUGUGUGAGGGGUUGGAGGGUCGUUCAGGCAAUCCAGUAGCUGUGCUCUUCGAUACACUACUUCACCCAAAUGCUGACUUGGGCUUCGAGAUUCCUUCAGUUCUGCAGUGGAAGCUGGAGAAGCAGCAUCACAUUCCCCAUCUGGUGCUAGGCAAGGGCACACCAGGGGGAGCCUGGCAUGCAAUGGAAGGAUCUAUUCUCACCAUUAGUCUGGGCGUCUGGAUGGAGCUGCCAGGGGUCAACUACAGGGACAUUACCCCUGAAAAACGGAGGCAGAGUGUGACCCAAGACCGGGCUACUCCAGAUGAGCUCUCUUCCUACUAUAAGAAUUAUGUAAAAAUCAUGGGCCUCCAGAAGAACUUCGUGGACAACACCUACGUAACCUCUAUUCAAAAGCUCCACCGUGGUCAUGGCUUUAGCAUUGAGAAAGGACAUGAGAUUGAAAAGGGCACCAAAAACGGUCCGAGGAACAGAAUCGAAAACCGGUUUGACCACUGCAGCAAAAACGCAACUGAAAACACUAACAACGGAAGCGAAAAUGGUCCCAAAAAUGGUACAGAGAAUGGAAAAGGUAAAAACGAAGAGGAGGAGAGCAGGAAAAAGAGGGACAUGGAGGGCAUUAGAGACAACAGGAUUCCUCAGGGGUUUUCACAGGGACUAUGGGAGGUCAGGGGUUACCAGCAGCUUCAGGAUGACACCCAUAUUCCGUUUACUCUGUUCGCUGAGAAUGUUGUCUUGGCAACCGGGGCAUCUGACUUGCCAGCUCGCUUAGGUGUAGAAGGAGAAGAUUUUCCUUAUGUAUUCCACAGCGUGCAUGACCUUGGCAGAGCUGUCAACCAACAUGAGAGCCUGGGCCCUGCUUCUGACCCGGUCCUGGUGGUUGGAGCAGGCCUGACUGCAGCUGAUGCUGUGCUGUGUGCCUACAGCAACGGCAUACCUGUGCUGCACGCCUUCCGUAAGCAAACCGAUGAUCCCAGCCUAAUCUUCAAACAGCUCCCGAAAACGCUAUACCCUGAGUAUCACAGGGUCUAUCACAUGAUGUGUUCCCAAACCUACCAGACAUGCCCCAUUGCCAACCAUGGUGCCAAAGCUGCAGUUCACAAUGCAUCCACGGAACUGUACCCAGACUACACCAGCUUUCCUGAGCACUGUGUGCAUUCUUUUCAGCCGGACAUGCACUGCAUCUUAAGGGGAUCGAACGGCGUUCUGAGAGCCUUCAAAGUCUCAAUGGUGCUGGUUUUAAUUGGAACAUAUCCGAGCCUGUCGUUCUUGAAAGGGCAUGGUCAGUACCUGGGUUUGGACCCCAGUAGGCCCAUCUCCUGUAAGCUCAACCCUGUGGACGUAAACCCUUACACAUUUGAAUGCAGUGCUGAGCCAGGCCUUUUUGCCAUGGGUCCCCUGGUUGGGGACAAUUUUGUGCGUUUCCUGAAAGGAGGCGCCCUGGGCAUUACAAGCUGCCUGAUUAAGAGACUGAACCAGAUAAAGAAGAAAGGGAAAAUGAUCACUGAUCAGGGUGAUAGUAGAGGAGGAUUGGGAUUUGUCUGAAGUAUUUGACGAAAUUUGUAUAAAAAAAAGUGGCAAAUUAUUUUUACAAUUAACUUAGUGAGUACAUAUUUUUUUAAUUACCCAGCUUUCAUAACAUUUUUAAAGUAAGUAAAAUAUGCAUAUGACUAUAGGCUAGUGGAGAAUAUAAAAACCCUGUUGGAUUGCUGUCCAACAAAAUGGGUUAAACAGGUAUUUAUCAUCAUGUGUGAAAUAAUGUGCCAAAAGUUCUCAUUUUUAGGUUACUCAGGCUGAAGUUGCAGGUUGCCAUGAUGUUGCACAUACUACUGUAUAAAUUGUGUUUUCUUUACUUCUUAUUAUAUGCUUUAGAAUACCCAUCAUAGGUAAAGAUCCCAAGAUGCCUUUUAGUCCCAAGCAACCAAGCAGACAGUCAGAUGUGAAGCUCAUGGGACAAAGAAAGUCUUAAACAAGAGUGAAUACUAGGUGAUCAUGCAACUUAGUUACAGUAUUUAUGCACACAUUCUUUGUAAUUGCUAUACCCUGGUUAGUGUUGCUGUGCUUUAAUUAACUAGAAACAGUAAUAAUUAAGUUCACGAUUCUACAAAAUUUCUAUCGGAGCGACCAUAAGCGGAGUUACUGGCAGGAAGUGGGUAAAAUAUGGUCCUGCACACACUUAAAUAUUAACUAUCUGGUUCCACAUAUGUAAAAUACGCCCCUCACAUAUGAAGAGUGGUUAGGUAAUAAGUUCUUGAUACAGUACACUGCCCAGCCAAAAAAGGGCACACCCUAAUACUUUGCUAGACCACUUUUAGCUUUGAUUACAGCAUGCAUUUAUGAUGACAUUGUUUUGACAACCUUAUUUAACAUUACAAUAUAAAUUUUUGCCCAAGAUCUUGUUCUGGUGAUAAGAAAAUGGGAUCACUCCGUAAAGUCUCCUCCAACACGUUCAAGGACUUUCAAUGGGGUUAAGGUCAGGACAGUGAAAAUGAUUCCUCAUGCGCCCAGAACCACUCCUUCACUAUUUGAGUCUAAGAAUAUGCCUGUACCAUCAGGGAGAGAAAAAACUAUAGAUGUGAUAACCUGGUCUUUCAGUACAUUCAGGUCAUUGGCUGACUUUAUUUUAUUGCCACAUAAUGUUGCUGAGCCGA